AUGGCGGAGGGGGAGAGGCCGAGGCUGCUCCGGCUGGUGCAGGAGGGACGGCUGGACCUCCUCCAAGAGGAGCUGCAGCCGGACGCCACGCUGGGCCCGGGGGUGCAGAACCAACACUAUGGACGCUCGGGGGACACGCUGCUGCACUACGCUGCCCGAUACGGGCACCGGGAUGUCCUUGCCUACCUGGUAGAGGCGAUGGGGAUGGACAUUGAGGUAUUCAAUAGCGACUACAAAAGACCCCUCCACGAAGCAGCCUCCAUGGGCCACAGGGAGUGUGUCUCCUACCUCCUGGAGAGAGGUGCGAGUGUAGACUGCUUGAAAAAGGCAGACUGGACUCCCCUAAUGAUGGCUUGCACCAGGCAAAAUCUGGAGGUGAUCAAAGCUCUUGUGGAGCAUGGAGCCAACCCACUGCUGAAGAACAAGGAUGGCUGGAAUUGCUUCCACAUCGCGAGCCGGGAGGGCCAUCCCGAGGUCCUUCAGUACCUGCUGGAGGUGUCCCCAGGCAGCUGGGACACGGAGAGCACGAUAAAGAGAACACCUCUGCACACAGCAGCAAUGCAUGGCUGUUUUGACGUUGUGGAGCUGCUGCUGGAGCGGUGCCAAUACAAACCUGACAGCAGGGACAAAUGUGGAGUCACUCCCUUUAUGGAUGCUAUCCAGAACGGGCAUGUCGACAUCGCCCGGCUGCUCCUGGAAAAACACCAGGCCUGCCCUACAGCUGUGGAUGCACUGGGUGCUCAACCUCUGCACCGGGCAGCCGUCACGGCCCAGGAUGAAGCCAUCCAGUUCCUUGUCUCCGAGCUGGGUGUUGAUGUCAACGAGAGAGUGACGACCCUCCAGCUCACAGCGCUACACUACGCGGCCAAGGAAGGACACGUGCACACCAUCCAGACGCUGCUGGGGCUCGGCGCUGAUGUCCAGGCGAAGGAUGGGAAGAGCCGUUCUGUCCUGCACGCAGCGUGUGCUGGGCAGCAGGCAGCUGCUGCACGGACCCUGCUCCAUGCCGGGCUGCGGGACACGCCGGAUGGCUCAGGCGUGCUGGCACAGCAGCUCGCGAGGAACCCAGAUGUCAUCCAGGUUUUCCAGGAAAUGGAUGUCAGCCCGUGA